AUGCUUUUUGAACCUGGAUACAACAGACGUGAUUGGAACGUCAAAGAACGUUCAUUCGACCCCAUAACUGUUGAUCCAAAAGUUGUUCCCAAAGUGCAGACGAGGCCUGUUGCUACAAAUGGAAAGAAACAGAAAUUGAAUGGAACAGACAAUGGACAAACCGUUUCACACCCAGGGUUCUCCAAGGCAAUGACCACUACUGCGCCCAAAUUGAUCACAGAAGUACAGGAUUCCAAGAACCAGUUGUCUUCGUUGAUUCGUAAUGCCGAACAAAACAAAGAAGCUUUGAAAGCACGCAACGAGAGAGUCAAGCAACAGAAACAGUCCUCUCGUAGCAGGUAUGGCUGGUAG